GUGUAUGUGAGUUUGUGUGUGUGUGAGUGUAAGUUUGUGUGUGUGUGUGUGAGUGAGUGAGUGUGUGUGUGUGAGUAUGUGUGUGUGAAUGUGUGAGUUAGUAUGUGUGUGUGUGUGUGAGAGUUAGUAUGUGUGUGUGAGCGAGUGUGUAUAUGUGUGUGUGUGUGUGUGUGUGUGUGCGUGCGUGCGUGCGGGCGACAUCUUGGAUUCAUCAGUGAACGAUUACCGCAGCCUGAUAAACGGUUCAAACCUGAAACACUCAAUAACCCUGAGUUCCUGUCAGAACAGAACACAUCUGUCUCUGUUGAGCCAGUCCGGUCCAGAGGGACACACGGAGACACACACACAGACACACACAGAGGGUCUUGCUUUGUGUGAUUUCAAGGAGAGAGACAGACUGGAUUCGCAGUGGGCUGGUCUGAGUCUCCAUCCGCAGACAUGAUGGAGGCUGCAAAGAAAACAAUUAAAAAAUAAGACAUAAAACACAUGGAUUGUAAUCACUGAGCGAGACCACCACUAUGAUUGGAGGACUCUUCAUCUACAACCACAAGGGCGAGGUGCUGAUCUCCCGUGUCUACCGUGAUGACAUCAGGAGGAAUGCGGUGGAUGCAUUCCGUGUGAACGUGAUUCAUGCACGUCAGCAGGUACGCUCACCCGUCACCAACAUCGCCCGCACCAGCUUCUUCCACGUCAAACGCUCCAACAUCUGGCUGGCUGCCGUCACCAAGCAGAAUGUCAAUGCCGCCAUGGUUUUCGAGUUCCUCUACAAGAUGUGCGACGUCAUGGCCGCAUAUUUCGGCAAGAUCAGUGAGGAGAACAUCAAGAACAACUUUGUUUUGAUCUACGAGCUACUUGACGAGAUCCUGGAUUUUGGAUACCCCCAGAACUCUGAGACUGGAGCCUUGAAAACCUUCAUAACUCAACAGGGAAUUAAGAGCCAGACGAAAGAGGAGCAGUCUCAGAUAACCAGUCAGGUCACUGGACAGAUCGGCUGGAGACGUGAGGGCAUCAAAUAUCGCCGCAAUGAACUUUUCCUGGACGUACUGGAAAGUGUCAACUUGCUGAUGUCACCGCAAGGUCAGGUGUUGAGUGCCCAUGUCUCAGGGAGGGUGGUGAUGAAGAGCUACCUGAGUGGAAUGCCAGAGUGCAAGUUCGGCAUGAAUGACAAGAUCGUCAUCGACAAGCAGGGCAAAGGUGGCACUACUGAUGACACGGGCAAGAGUGGGAAACAGUCUAUCGCGAUCGAUGACUGCACGUUCCACCAGUGUGUCCGUCUCAGCAAGUUUGACUCUGAGCGCAGUAUUAGCUUCAUCCCUCCUGAUGGAGAAUACGAGCUCAUGAGGUACCGCACCACUAAAGACAUCAUCCUUCCCUUCCGCGUCAUUCCAUUGGUCCGAGAGGUUGGCCGCACCAAGUUGGAGGUAAAGGUGGUGAUAAAGUCCAACUUCAAGCCCUCACUGCUGGCACAGAAGAUAGAGGUGCGCAUUCCUACUCCACUUAACACCAGUGGGGUUCAGGUCAUCUGCAUGAAGGGGAAAGCCAAGUACAAGGCUAGCGAGAACGCCAUAGUUUGGAAGAUCAAGCGAAUGGCUGGUAUGAAGGAGUCACAGAUAAGCGCUGAGAUCGAGCUGCUGCCCACUAAUGACAAAAAGAAGUGGGCUCGUCCACCCAUCUCCAUGAACUUUGAGGUACCCUUUGCUCCGUCAGGGCUGAAAGUGCGAUACCUGAAGGUCUUUGAGUCAAAGCUGAACUACAGCGACCACGAUGUCAUCAAAUGGGUGCGCUACAUCGGCCGCAGCGGCAUUUACGAGACGCGCUGCUAACAGUAGCCCCUCCUCAUGGAGAGAGUGGGAGAAACGGAGACAAAUAGAUGGAGGACGAGUAGAAUGGAGUUAUUCAUUGUCUCACUACCUCAACUUUUUAUACAGGGCUCUGUUCACACUGAAAACAUCAACAAAGGGAAACAACAAGAGUACAUCCAAGAUUUCACAAAUCAGAGUUGAAGCAAAAUAGUCCUGCAGAGCAAAACAAUUCAAAUAAAAAAGUUUAUCUGCAGUAGUAGAAAAAUGAUAAAAGGUGUUUAUUCUCAUGACCCCCACCCCCCUCUAGAAAUUCUUCCCAUGAGAUGUAAACCCCCAUUAAUUUCUCUACUCCAAAUCAACCACUACAUGCAUUCCAGACUCCCAGUCCCCAUUGAAUCCCAGCUAAUGUGGGGCUCCGGCCCCUUUUCAUCUCGUAAUUAGGGCUGAACCUGUGUUCCUGCUCACAGGCGGCGUCUGGGUGGCCAUUUCCCUAUCCCAUAGUUAGCCAGACUUCUGUUGUUCCUAUUUGCUUAUGUGAUCUCUAGUGUACCAAGAAACAUUGUAACCUAACCCUUCAUAAUUCAUUUUUAUAGUGGUCCUUCCUAAAAGUAUUAGUUUUGUAUUGUCCACAUCCUUUAAUCUCAGUAAACUGGUGUAAACGUUAAGCCUUUGGCCUCACAAUGUUGUAAACACUGUCCAUCCAAAAACAUCUCUUUUACGUAUGCAGAUAUUGAAUUGUCUGCUUUCCAUUUAUAUUUUGCCAACAAUUAUAUUAAGUGUUGCCAAAAUUACAUUAAUUGUGAAUUGUUAACAUUUAUUUGCAUUGAAACAGUUAUGAAUAGUUCUGUUGUCAAUAUCAAAAGGUCAUUGUGACAUACUGGUAAGCAGUGAAAACCAUGAGAGCGUCACACACAGCAGAGAUACUUUCAAAAAUAAGAAAAAUGUAUCCAUUACAAGCUCUAAAAGUGCUCCAGUGAGAAAUCAUUCAUAUCUAUGAUUUGUUUUCUGUCUUUGGUGUCUUGGUGUAACACAAAUCACUAAUUAAGCAAAUGCGUGAAGACACGGUACCGUUAUUGAAGGUUAAACAUCUGUUAUUAGUGGUAUUGUGACCAACAUUAAUCUGAUUUAAAUUGGGAUCCUCACAGAAUAGCGCUGAGAUGAGUGACUGAUGACAUAUUGAGAGCAUGCAUGUUUGAUUGACACCGCGAGUGAGCAUAUUGAAGGGAGUGAAGCUGAAAGUGCUCAUGAUUGCUCAAACAGUCUCUAUCGCUCCACACAAUAUCUGAUUGUGACGACUCGCUUUACAUCACGUGUACUCAGAUUUGUAUACGCAUGUUUAUUUUUUAUUUUUUUAUACCUUUUAGCAGCCUCUUUAUCCUCUUCCUGCUCACUGUGCAACGAGUCAGAAUAACUACCGUUAUGACUCUAGAAAAUGGGCAACUUAAUAUUCAUACACGUAAUUCUUACACAUUUUUAACAAAAUGACAUAUUCAUGUGAAUUACAUGUCUGAAAGUUUAAAUUUGUGUAUGCUUAGAAUUGCCAACAACUCCAAAGGUCACUCUGUCAUGCUUCAAGGGCUGAACAAGCACUCAUUUAUUAGAGGAGCAGUGUGUAUUUGUGAUUCCCUGCGUGCAGCAAAAAAGAUCAGCCCUGAUUCUAGGCACGAUCGGCUGAUCACAGACUUCAGAGGAAUAUCGGCCGAUUUCGAUCGGUGGCCGAUCGAUCGGUGCACCCCUAGUUUUUUAAAUGCACUGAGUCAGUCCUCGCAUCAGCAAAAUCUCUCCCUGCAUGUCAAAAUUUCUCCUUAGACAAGUUUGUUGGGAAGUGUUUCCAGACCUGUUCUGUGAGGGCCCUUAAAGGUGCACUCAGUAAUUUUUUCUUCAUUUAAAAAGUUUUACUUCUAACGAAAUGAAUAGUAAUACUGAAACAUAUGUAUAAAAUAAUGACCACUCAUGUGAGAUGAAGAGUUCAGUCAUAUCAGUAACCUUAUAAAAGCUCUUUUAUUCUGCAUGGGGCAGGGGUGCCCUCAUGGUGGUUGCCAUUUUAGAAUCACAUGACCAGCUGAAUAGUACUUGCUUAAUCUCAGUAACUGCCCCGUUUUUGGGCACUUUCAUUCAUGGAUUAAAUUAAUCCUGGCAUACUGUGCACAGUGAAUUUCUACAAUGAAAUUUGUUACUGAAAAUUACUGUGUUUGGAUGAUGCAGAAUCCACACCACUAGGUGUCACUGUAAGCAACUUCGGCAUACUUCCAAAAAUUACUGUGUGUACCUUUAACUACACGUUUUGAAUAUUUGCUUAAUUGAACACCGGAAUCAACUCAUCAGAGACUCACAAAAGUCUUCUGAAGAAAAAUGUUUAGUUCUUAGGAUUAUUUAUAAAAUGUUCACAGGAAGGUAUCUUGCUAUAAACGUUAAUGGUUUAAGAAAAAGAUAUUCUUCAGCUAAGGGAGACUUCCAAAAUGCGUACUGUUGCAGGAGCCUCGAGGAACAGGAAUGGGAAAUGCUUUUCUGGGAACAACUUAAGGGAAAGUUCUGGGUUCCAUAUUAGUUAAGCUCAAUCAACAGCAUUUGUAGCAUAAUGUUGAUUACCACAAAAAAAAUUAUUUCAACUCGCCUCUUGAUUAUAAAAAAAAAAAAAAAAAAAAAAAGCAAAAAUCACAGGCACAGUGAGGCACUUGAAUGGGCCGUUGAAAUACACGUCAAAAGUAUAGCCUUAGUGUGUUAAAAUAGUUUACAGCAUUGCAUCGUCAUGGUAACAUAGUUGUAAUAUUGUAUAUAUCUUCACAUUGAAGCUUAGUAAGCAAUUUUAUCACUUUAAAAUCAUGUUAACACGGAUAAUAAUUUUGACACUAUUUUAAUAUUUAUUGAUUGGCCCCAUUCAGUUCCAUUUUAAGUGCUUUAUUGUUACUGCAAUGUUUUUAUUUUAUUUAUUUUUUUAUAAGCGAGAGGUGUCACAAUUAUUUUGUGGUAAUCAGCAUAAUGCCACAAAUGCUGUUGAUUUAGUUUCAUUUGUGUUGAACCCAGAAUAUUCCUUUUAAAAUACGCAUUUCACUAAAUUCUUCAGAAAAGGGACUAGAAGUGACUAUUAGGGACUCCUUCAUAUUGUUGCUACAGAUGAUUUCUAAACCUCUUUCUUUAGUUCUGAUCUAAGGCAGAGAUUUUGGAGAUGUCAAAUAUAUAUAAAUGCAAAGGUAUUUCAGGUUGAACAGCACAGAGAUGGAAGCCAGUUUUGUGUGAUUUCUUCUCACCUUCAAUGAAAACAGAUGUCCGCCCUCUGCACUUAUGUGCAAGCACUUGUGGGGUCUAAUGUUUGUUUCAAGCAACACUACAAAAGCGACCCUGCAGAUUUUUAAGUGUGCGUUUAUUGAGCACUUGUGUCGUAACACUUAUACCGUCUGACCUCAGUGUGUUUCAGCUCUGAGAGAUGAUGAGGCUCCUUGUGGCUUUUUUUUUUUUUUUUGCUAGUGUAUUGUCUUCAUGUGGUAACUUUGAGACGGUCAUCUUAAUCCUAAUAAAAAUUUAUUG